AUGUCAACCAUUCCAUGUAGCGAUAGAGCUGUUGACCUGGAUCUGAACUAUGACACUUUGCCAAUUGAUCGCGCAUUAGGUAUUCAGUGGUGUGUAGAAUCUGACAAGGUCUGUUUCAAAAUUAACAUUAAGAACAAACCAUUAACGCGACGCGGUAUGCUCUCUAUGCUAAGUUCCGUAUAUGAUCCGCUUGGCUUUCUGGCUCCGUUAAUGUUACAUGCCCAAAACAUACUCAAGGUUCUCUGCGCAUCGAAUCUAGGCUGGGACGACCCAGUUCCUGAUGAACUAGCGGAAAGAUGGGCUCUCUGGAUCAAUGACAUGUACAAAUUGUCCGAAUUCUCAGUGACUAGAUGCCUAAAACCAGCAGGUUUCGGUGAGGUAAAGUCGGCUACCUUGCAUCACUUCUCGGAUGCUAGUGAGAUUGGCUACGGUAUCGUCAGUUACAUAAGAUUACUCAAUAAAGAUAAUCGUGUUCACUGUGCCUUUGUGAUUGGCAAAUCACGCGCUGCUCCAAUGAAGCAAAUAACAGUACCUAGAUUGGAGCUUACGGCAGCGACAGUCGCGGUGCGAACUGACAAAAUCUUAAAGUCAGAAAUUGACAUUAAAUUAGACGAAUCUGUGUUUUGGACAGAUAGUAUGGCUGUACUACGGUAUAUUGAAAACAAUUCUGCAAGGUUCCAGACCUUUGUGGCUAACAGACUUUCUGUGAUUCAUGAUGAUUCAAAUCCUGAGCAAUGGCGCUAUAUUCCAACCAAGAUAAAUCCUGGCGAUAUUGCCUCCAGGGGCAUAACGGUAGACGAGUUAAACAAGAGCUGGAUCAUAGCACCAGACUUCCUAUGGAAAGAUGAAAGUGAAUGGCCCGCAGAUCGCGUGAACCAAACGAUAUCAAAUGACCAUCCAGAAAUAAAAAAGGUUAAUUUUGUGAAAUCUCGCGCUGACAACGUACUGUCACCAGCUGCACGUGAAGUGCUCGAUAAACUGAUGUCAUAUUUCUUAUCGUGGUAUAAACUGAAAAGUGCUGUAGCAUGGAUCUUAAAGAUUCGCAAGAAACUUAUUCACAGAGCUAAGAUAAAAGGGGUUGGUGUUGCAGUUCCUAACAUUAGUGAAAAGAUACCACAUGUCACGGUUGACGAUCUUAAGCAUGCGGAAAUGAGUAUUUUACGUUACACCCAGAAAUGUGCUUUUCGGAAGAAAUUGAAACACUGA